UUUCCGUGUGACGGUUUAGUCGUUGUCACAUCAUGGAAGAGAUAUGUUUUAAGUUAGAACUCUGUUAAUUUUAAAAUAUCAAAAUUUAAUAAGCGUCUCCUAUUACUUCAAGCGCUACUUUUGGCAAUCUGCAGCCGACAGUGACAUCUGCAUUUCGUUUCUAGGGCAACUGAAACGCUGUUAAAAAAACUAAACAAAAAAUGGUCGACAUUACCGCUAAGUUAUUUUGGUACCGUAGUAAGGAGUGGUAUCAGAUCAUGGCGGACAAGUUGACUGAUUUUGUAUAUACAGAUGAGUCUAAGGAAACAAUUGAUGUGAUUAAUUUAUUGUUAUUAGGAUGGAUAUUGUUAGGAUUAAUUGUGUAUAUUGUUGGAAACAUUGUUGCUUCUUAUUUACGAAAACGACAAAGCACAAUUCCCGUUCCAAAACACGAAACAGCAGACGAAAUUUUGAAAACGAAAGAGCAUGUGUCAAGUGAAAGUGAGGUAAAAUCAAAUCUAGAGGAUAUUCUUCGAGAUCAAGAAAUACCUAAAAAAUCUUAUGAAAUCCCAGUAUGUGAAGGAGAUGAUCAAGAAGUUGCGGAGUGGAUUAAUAAUGUUUUUUCAUGGAUAUACAAGCAAAGAGUUAUAUCUCCUGUGAUUGAUGCCUGGAUUUCGGCUUUAAAUGCUCGAACAAGAUUAUCAUCAACUGAGCAUGGAAUUUUGGUAGAUUUCAAAGAUCUUCAUGCAGUAAAUCCUCCACGAAUAACAGAAGUUCGACAAUCAAGUAAUUACAAGAGUGAUAUAAAUCUAGGUGCUGAAAUGGAAGUUGAAGAUCUUUCAUUUGAAGUUGUUGUUACACAGUUUAAAGAGAAGGAUAAAAUUAUUGUACCUUUUAACUUGAAUGUACAGAGAAUGAUUGGAAGAGUUGUUAUUGAAUGCACACCAGAAGAUUUGACAUUUGUUGUAAAAUAUUCUGAAACGCCACAAAUUCAGUUGUCAUCUGAAUUAUCCAAAGAUCAUGAGAUGUCACCAGAAGAUUGUCAACCCUUAAGUGAUUUAGUAAAUGAAAUUACAGUUGAAGCUUUAUCAUCAGUAAUUGUUCCUCUGAGAUUCAAUUGCUUUCCUGCUUGCCCAAGACUUUUGCUCAAAACUCAUUCGGAAGAUGACGUGUUUGAAGCUGCUGAGGAGGAAACUGAGAAGCAGCUGUUGGUUAAAAUAAUCAAAGCAUCAAAGCUAGGUGGAAGCAAAGGUUGCUCAAAACCUUACUGUGUUGUGGAAAUGGAUGAACCUCCACAAAAGUUUGAGACAAAGGUUGCAGAUGGAACUGACAGUCCUUUUUGGGAUGAAUCAUUUAAGUUCAUCGUUAAGGAUUCUGCUGAAUUGCUUUUUGAAAUUUAUGAUAAAGAUAAACCGUCCACUGAUAACUUUCUGGGUUUGGGAAUUGUUGGUAUGGAUGAACUGGAGAAAAAUCCUAGUCAACGACAAAUAAUACCUUUACAAUCAAGACCUUUAGAGGAAGAUGAUGUUACAGGCUCUUUGACAGCAGAGUUUGUCUUUCUGAACCAAUCAACUCCAGUUGUAGAAACAACUCACUUAGCCCAGCAUAUUACUAAAGAAAAUGGAUAUUCAAAUUCAGGCAAAACUGUUGAAACCAAUAGCAGAGUUACUGCUGGUGGCACUGUAAUCACCACAACAACAAUUAAAAGGACUAAAGAAGAGCCUAGCAAUAGACUGGAGCCAAAGCAUGAUCUGAAUGCUUACUCUAAUUCUGUCCAUUCUGCUGAUCCUAACUUGCACAAAGUUGAAGAGGUGCUAGAUCAAAAUAAGAGGGAAAAUACACCUAAUGCUUUCUCUGAACAACUUGCUAAAAAUGGUGACUGUAAAUUGUUGAAUGGCACUUUAGCCAAAAGUGAUCUUGCUAAUGUAUCAGUUCUCCCACAGUCAGAUUCAAAUAAAAUCUUAGACUCUAAUUAUGUGCCGCUAAUUGAAACUGAUAAAAAUCAAAAGAAGUCAGCAAGUUUUGAGGAAAAUUCUGUGUUAUCACCUCAUGUUGACUCUAAAUUAAAAUUUGAAAGUCUCGAGGCAGAAGAUCUGUCUCAAGAGCCAUCAGAUUUGAGCAAAAUCAUAUCUGAAUCUACUGGAGCUAAUUCCUUGCAGCUGAUUGAGCCAGGCUUGAAACAUAUUAAGGCAGAAAUCUCCGAAAUGCAGCAUGAAAAUACAAAUAUUCCUGAUCCAGCUUAUUCUUUGCCUUUGAAUAUAAAUGAAAAUGUAGAACUAGUUGAUGUGCAUGUUUUAGAAAAUAAGCCUAAAUUAGAAAAUUCACAUGAAGCAGUGCAUGUGCAUGUACUCCCCCCCAUUCCCACCCUUGUUAUUGAAGCUCCUCUUAAUAAUGAAUCCAACGAAAUUAUUGAGAAUAAAUCUCAUGAUUUUAAAGAUCCUGACAGCGAAAUUGCUUCUCUGCCUUCAAUAGCAGAAAGUGAUGAGGUUAGUUCCUUGCCUUCAAAUGGCAUUGAAAAAGCAAAGGAUGCUGAAACUGAUGUGCCAGGAACAGCCUUGAAAGAAUUAGAGAAACAUAGUACACCUACUGCUACUAGUAAAAGCACUUUAAUCAUUCACAGUGUUCAAAGACCUGAGAAUUCUGUAUCAGAAAGUCUUGAAGCAUCUCCUGCCAGUCAUGCAUCAAAAGAUUCCCAUACUUCAUACUCAGAAAGUGCCCCAACUUCUCCUUCACUUGGAAAGGCUAAUGGAGAUAGGUCUCGACCAAAAGAAAAGAAAACAUUGAUGGGAACCUUACGUAGGAGAUUGAGUUUCCACAAAAAUCGUUCCAAAUCAGCUGAAAAUCGGUUUGAAUCUGCUUCUAGUUAUAGUCAAGCAAGUAGCCGCAGCACUUCUGCUGACCGUGGGAGGCAGCCUUCUGCACAAAAACUGUCUCCUUUCAAAGGAAAAUUUUUGGGACAAUUUUUAACUGUUCCAGGCAGCACUCGUAGCAGUCUUAGUGAAGCUUCGGGGAUAAGUGCCUCUUCCACUCGAACUUACAUAAAUGAAAAUUCAACACUUGUUAUUGAAACGAAUGAAAAUGGUAUUAUAAAGCGUUACCUCAUUCCAAACUCUCUGGUUCAUCGAAGCAAGUGGAAGAAACGAGGCACCAAACUUCACAUCUUUAAUGAUCAUGUGUUCCUUGCCAAGCAUCUUUCAGGGUCUACAACGUGUCAAGUAUGUCAGAAGCAAUUAACAAGGCGGCCAGGCAAGCAAGGUUAUGAAUGUAGAGGAUGUAAUCUCCAGUGCCAUAAAAGCUGCCAUGUCAAAGUGGAAAGUUAUUGUUCAAACAGUACCAUAAAUUCCAUGGAAGUUGAAUACAUUCAUGAUCCAAAGGGAGCCUCUCCAAAAUCUAUAUAACUUCUGAUAUUCAAAUUUCCAAAAAGGUCCAGAACUAAUAGCUUUGCUAUUUAGAGCCAUAGACUGUUGUAAGAUUUCUUUAUGAAGCAAAAUGCUUUGGUGGAACAUUGGGGAAAUAUUUUAGAGUGUUUAUUCUUCAAUGACAAGCCACCAUCUCUGUGGUAUAAUGUUGUUCACAUUUUUGUAUGCCUACAAGUUGCUUGGUCUGCUGUACAGGAAAUAUUUUUUGCAUCACUCUGUCUAGUUGGAAUUGCCCUUCCUCAAAAAUUGUUAACUGUUGGAAUAUGAAUUCAUGUAAUUAAUGGGGGAAAUAUAUAUUUAUUAGAAGAAAAGUGACACCAUACACAAAAUUUUGUGACUGCAAGGGCAUUUCACUUUCUUGAAAUAAAAUUUACUUAAUCUUAUUUUUAAAAUAAUCCCUGUCUUUUCACAUUUAAAAUAUUUUUUAUGUAUAUGAUUUUUUUAUUAAUUAUUUAAAUGUUAUUAAUUAAGGAUAAAUUAGAAAAUGGUGUAUUAAUUUUCAAAAGUUUUGCCACUCCUUUACUUUUUUAAUUCCAUUGUUAUUUAUUGCAAUGUUAUUUAUUCCGGUUUAAUAACAUUUCAGUAUAUUUUGUUUUUAAAAAAAAGAAUCAAUCUAUUUGAAUUUAUAAAAUAACUUAGAAAAAACAAAUCUGAUUUGUUUUGUGUACCUUCCUAUUAUAUAUGAAGUUAUAACUACAAAUUAUAUCUCUUAUAAAGAAGAAUAUUGCCUAGAUUCUUUUUUUUAAAAAUGGGACUUUUUUUUUAAAUGGGAUCUUAAAAAAAAAAAAAAAAAAAUCAGCAUGAAACUUAAAAAUUGCAAUCAUUACUAUAAGCAUUUUACUUUUUUAUGGAUGAUUUACUGUUAAGAUUUUAAGGAUUUCAUAUAUCAAAAACUGAAUCAUAAAGAAGGGAAACGGUUAUGCUGCAAGAAAUAUUUCCUGAAAAGUAAAGUAUGAAAAAAGUGCUUUUAUGUACUAAUGUUGAUGUAUGUGAUAAAAAAUCAUUUCGUCUUCUUUUUUUUUCUAUAUAAGAAAAGGGUUCCUAGAGUAUUUUUAAUGAAUCAUUUGCCAUUUGGUUGUUGAUUAAAUGUAUUAAUGCAAGUUCACAGCAUUACAGUACAGUAUUUGAGACUGAAGAUUCUUCUUUCGUUUGCAUUGGUUAAGUUCUGUUUGUAUUUGAUUUUUUUUUGUAGAAUUUUAAAAUUAUAUUUUGGCAACUCAUUUUUCAAAUUAUAUUAAAUACUAAUUCAUAAAUUAUGAUUUUUAGAAAUAUGUUAUUUUAAUAUUAUAUUUGAUGUUAUUAAAUUGCUUUAUAAUUUGUUCUUUUGUGUUUUAAUUUUAAAGUUUAUUGAAUAUGUUGUUGACAAUCGCUAAUUCAGUGUUAAAUGUUUAGAGUGUGUUCCUGUAUUUUUCUAGAGAACUGAAUAGAAACCAGUGAUAUUAUAAAAAUCAAUCUUUAUAAUUUUUUCUUAUAUGUUAAUUUUAUGGUAAAAUGUAAUGUUGAAGCAUUGCUUAUACUCGUUGUCGAAGCUUAUAUUGAGAAAAAAAGUUGUCUUUCUCUGCAAAAGUAACUGUACAAAAAAGUUAUAGAAAGCUUAUGAUAAAAUGCCAAUCAAAGUGAGAAUUCUAAUUCAAAUAAUUCCUCUGCCUUGUAGUACAACUUGCCAUUUUCUAACUUCCAAAGUGUAUUCAUUCUUAAAUAGAUUUUAUUUAUUUUAGAAAUUUUUACGAAAACAUUCAUUUCUGACCUUUUUUUUAAAAACAUUUUUCAUAUUCCUAAUCACGUUUUUUUCGAAAAUAUCAAAUAAUUUAUAUUUACUUUGUUGUAUAUGUACUUAUAAAUAGUAGAGCUUCUGCAAUACAUAUUUGUUGUUACUUAAAAGGUUAUAUGUUUUUAUUAUUAUUUUUAUUUGAUUAUAUGUACUAAUACUCAACCAUUCUAGCUCUAAACCUCUUCUACGUCAUAAAGAUGAAACUUCAUCUUAGAAGUUUAAUAUUAUCUAGGAUAUGAGCAGCUGUCAUUUCAAUACUACUGUAUGCAAUUCACAAUCUUUUAUAGUUCUAAGCAAUUUGUUUGUGAAGAACUACUCUUCCUUAAAUCUAUACAAAUAUGGAAGCAUUUUAUAGAAAAAUGUCUAAUUCCUUUUACAAAUUGUUUGCCAUAGUUUCUUUGAAAUAUUUCACUAAAACGUUUAUAAAAUGUGCAUGUAAUAUCUGUUAAACCUAAUAUGUCUUUGUGAAUCCUAUAGUCAUUAAUUACUCAAUUUGACAAGCUGAGUGAAUGAAUUACAUCUCGGUUGAAUGACUUGAAACAAAUUUUCUCUCUUAAAGUUUUAGAAAAAUCUUUGUAAAAUUAAGCAUUUUUUUUUAAUAUAGAGUUUUUCCCUACAAAAUAUCUAUUUCUUAUGUCUUGUUAUACAAAAAUAAUCUGUUUAGCUAAAGUUGUUUGAAGUGCAUUGCCUAUAAAACAAAAACGCCAAUUUCUCUAAAAAAACUCCACAUUAUGUGAAGGUGCUCUUAGCAGCAUCUUUAUUUUAUGUGGUCUGUAAAACUGCUUAAUGCAACUCAUUACUGUUUUAUUCACAAGUUUUGUAUUGUUGCAUUAAUGCCUAAAUUGCUUUUAAAUACAUUCGGACCAAAUUCAUGAUUAUUUAACCAGAUGUAAUGAUAAAUUCUAAUGCUCUCUAAUAAUUGCCAACUUGAGUUAUCAAAAACUAUAAAGUUUGUUUUUUACAAAUAAAAAUACAUGCAUCUUCCAAAUAAGAAAGUUCUUCCAUUAUUUAUAAUGUUAAAAUUUAACUACUAAUAUAUUACUACAUUUUAGUUAACAUAUUAAUAUAAUCAAUGCUUUCAUUGUUUUUCUCAUUUGUUCUAAAAAUAAAAAUUUUCAGGCACUAAGAUUAAACCAAGCUGUGUAUCAUAAGCAAUGAUUUGAUGUCCACUAAAAAUGCUGAAGCUCUGCUCUUUAAUCAUUGUUGUACUUAACUUGUUUGAUGUAGAUUAUUUACAUUCUUUAAAAAACAUUUGUGAUUUGGUUAUAGUCAUUAGGCUUGGUGACUAUUCAUAACUUAUGGCUGUACAUGUUCUCUCAUGUGUCGAGAUUCCCUGUGGAUUAUGAAAUUGAAAAAUCAAUACGAUGUGAUCUCUAUUUAAAAUAUUUAUUAUAGUUUUAGUGCAGAAAAUUUGAACUCAUUGGGCUUUGAUUGCAUGCCAUUUAUCGGUGAUUCUUAAAUGUCCCAUCUCAAGCUCUGAUAUUUUUUGUUCCAUAAAUUCCAUUCAAUAUGUGUAGUUUAGAAAUUUAAAUGCAUUGUUAGUAAACAAAAAAACAAAAUAAAAAUGGAAUUUACUCACCACUGAUUAUGAAAAUCCUUAUGGUGAAAUAAUUUAAUUGAGCAUUAUUGUAAGGAGACAAAAAAUUAUUUUACACCUUAUUUCUUAGUGCUGAAUUUGCAUAUUUAUCAUAUAAUUAUUAUGAUUGUGUAAAUUUUAAAUUUACUUUUAAACAAAUUUAAUUUGCAUUUAACUCCUUACAUUGUCUGAGUAUAAUUAAAGCUACUUAUAUUUUGAUGUCUCACCUUUUAUGAAGUAUAUUGCAAUCAGUUUAAUCAUAGGAUAUUUUAUAUGAAUACUAGAUGACUUAUGUAAAAUUGUGUUUUAUUUAUCUUCUAUUACAUAAUACAAAAAAUAUAGUUCCAAAAAGUUGGUUACUGAUAGGGGAUCUCAAAAUUCACAUGCAUUUGUACUUAAUGUUGUUGAAAUAUUAAAUUUUCAACAGCAAAUCAAAUGUUUUAUGUUUUUAGUAUUUUAAAUAUGCAUGGUUUAAAAUGUAUUGGACUUUAAACUGAAAAUGAAUUCCCUCAAUAUUUUAUAUAUAAAGUCUGUAUCAAUUCAAUGUAAUUAAAAUUUUGUGGUGAAUAUAUUAUUGGAAAUAAGACAAAAUUUGUUUUAUAUUCAUUUCUGAUCAGUUUUAAUGCUACUUCUGACUAUCCAAGCCACGUUUAUUCAAGAAUUCUUUUUUUUUUAAUGAAUUAGUAUAUGUUAAUUUUUAAUUACUUGUAUUUUGUUAAAUAUGUAUUUAUUAAAUAAUGAACAGGAAAAUCCAAAACUAAUUUUUUUCAUUAGUUGAUUUUAAUUGAAUGUAACAUUUGCCUUUACUUUACUAGCACAUUCUUAUGUAGUUCAAAACAUCAGAGUAAAAAGGAAGAAUCUGAAGAAAGUACAUCUGUCAGUUGAAAUUUAAGAGGCAGAAUUAAAACAUUUAGGUUGUGGAACGUUUUCAAUGGAAUAAACUAUAAUAGGCAAAGUUUCACGUUUCUUGAAACAUUAACAAUGAGGAGGUAACGAAACUAGUAAAAUGUAGAGACUUAAUAAGAAAUUAUUUUAAACUACUUGCAGUAAUAUUUUCAAAUGAAAGCGGUGGGUUGGAGGGAAAAAGAAAUAAGCAGAAUAAAACAUUACAUGUUAAUGCUUCAUAAAAAAGAUUUAUCUUUUUUAAAAAAACUUCCUUUCUCUAAAAUUGUGAUGAAUAAUUUAAAAAUUACCCCCUUCCCCUAAUUAACUUUUUUUUACAAUUAGUAUGAACUUGGAUAGUCAAGACAUCUCUAUAAUUAAAAUUAUAAAAUCUGAAUCAUUCCUUUUUAGAGUCCUGUAAAAUGUACUACAGAAAAUAAAUAAUAUAUGUCAAAAAUUGUUUGAUUUUUUUUUUUUCCUUAUAUAUGAUUAUUGUUGUUUCUGUCUGUGCAUCUGCUAUUACUGUAGUACUUCUCAUGAAACAAUAAAUAUUGUUUUGUUA